GGCAGCAGCAACACGCGAAUUGAAAAUCCGACGAAUUUUGAAACGAACGAAAGUUUUGAUAUCUGAACUCCCGAAAAGAAAUAUACAGAUUGUUGGAUACAUCUAUUGUGAACCGUUUUACACUGCAGUGCAACAGGUGAUUUGUGUUUGACAGUCGCGUGCAUCAUUCAAAUUCUGUGCAAGUAAACAAUACACUGCAUCUGCGGGACUUUUGUGCUUAGUAAUUAUAAUACAUAUUAAUCAAAAAUUCAGCAAAAGCAGCUCCUACUAAGUACUGAAGUUAGUUCGCUAUGUUGGAUCAAAGCAAAUUAAGCGCCUACCUGUUGCUCGCCAUUGUGGCCAGCAACUGCCUGCUGCUGACCUAUGCCUUUCCCCAGCAGGAAGUCUACCAGCGUCAACAUCAGUUGACCCAGUCACCGGUGUACCGCGCCGAAAGCAAUGCCCGCAAAUUUGCCGUGAAACCGAAUGCCUCCAAGAAGGUGGCAUUGGAUGACAUUGAAGAUGAUAUUGAAGGCAAUCAGAUUCAGGAGAGCGUGGGCGGACCCGGUGGCUUUACUUGGUCGAACAUGCUGUCCACCGUUAUGACCAUGUUUUUCAAUGGCGCCGCCAAUGCCCCCACCAAGUCCGACGAUGUGGAUAGCUCCAUCGGACUGGGCGGCAGCCCCUGGGCUAAUGUUAUCUCGAUGGGUCUUCGCAUUAUAAACACACUCCUGGGCGGUGGUGCACCCAGCGAUGGCAUCGACAAGGUCGACAAUGGUGGCUCUCCCAUGCAGGGCAUCUUGGCGGCUGUGUUGUCGUCCGUGUUGGGCACCAGAGAUCCAGAUCAAGUCAACUCGAUGGCCAAGCAAGCUGGCGAGUUCAUACAGAUCGUGAUGAAUCUACUGGACGCCCUGAAGACCUCCUUCUCGCACCGCUCGCUGACAGCCCGCUCCCUGGGUAAACGUGACUCGGUCAGCGAUGCGGCGGUCGCUGGCAUUGCCCUCCUCAAGGGCUACGUGCGCACCUAUCGCAACUCGGAGGACAAGUGCAUGCAGCGUUACAUGUGCGACGCCAACACAGACUGUGUGCGUGAAAUCGGUGGCAGCAGCAUCUUCUGCCAACUUGGAUCAUAUGCCACCAGCUAUAUGCUCGGACGCAGCAGCAACACCAGCUUCGAACACCUUUAUGAUGCUGGACGCCGGGGGCGUUCCGGUUUCGAUUGUCGCCAGUUGUAUUUGGAGUGUAAUGAGGUCUAG